GGCGGAGGACGUGGUUUCAAAUCAGUGGUUUAUUACCUUGUUUUGAGAGCAAUGUCUGAUCUUUCGGUUGAUCAAACAGUUACUUUAUUGAAAAUCAGCGAUCGAGAGAAGUCGAAAUCAGCAAAUGCAACUUCGAAGGCGAAAAUACCAUCUAAACGUCGUCGUGCUGAUACCGAUCUAGCGGAUACUGCAGCUGCAGCAGCUGGUGAUGUGGGUCAAUUUGCAUUUGUUCGACGCGGAGUACAAUGGAUCGAUGAGAUGAUGAUAUCAGUAAUGAAGGCAAAACGAGUAAUGGAACCUAAUGAAAGAAAUGAAAAGCAAAUUUUGCUGGAAACAUCUGAUUUGCACAACAAUUUGGUAAUGCUGGCGGCUGGAAUUGUGCUGCGGACUCCGGGAGCACAGAAAACGUGUACGAUGGGUGAAAAGUUGCAGCAGCAAAAUCUUGCGCUGGAUGUCAUCGAAUGGCUUAUUGAUAAUUGGGUUUACACCUCGGCCCAGUAA